AAUUUCUAAGUUCCACUUCUCUGAUUGCGUUCAGAGAAACGUGAAUUUACAUAAACAUCCGCAGUCUAGUAAUAACUUUGUGCGUAUGUGUCCCGUUAGUAUCCAGGUGAUUUAAAAUUAUUCUUGCAGUGGUGGUGACCUCCCGUGGUAGAUGAAAUAUUCGCAAUUGAACCCGGCAGAGUUUCGCGAUUACCGCUAAUUACUAUAAAGAUACAGUUGUACAUAUUACGGAUUGUUGGUCGAUUAAUAAAUCAGUAAGUUCUGUUCAGGCUUGUGACUGAAAGCAAAGUGCAAAGUUACCCCGAUGCUUCUGCGUGCUGGUCUGUUGUGUGACGUCGUACUGUCUUUUAAUAGUCAGCCCCUGUGACCGGUUUUUCCGUCGUUAACAAGACACCGUUGUUCGAAUCUUUUUUGUUUUCUUCGGCGCCUCGUUAACAAGAAGCAACAGUGAAAUGGCAAAAAAGACGUACGAUCUGUUGUUCAAGUUGCUGCUGAUCGGUGAUUCCGGAGUUGGCAAAACUUGUAUAUUGUUUAGAUUUUCGGAUGAUGCAUUUUCAACGACAUUUAUUUCUACGAUAGGUAUCGAUUUUAAGAUCAAGACAGUGGAAUUAAGAGGAAAGAAAAUCAAGUUACAGAUAUGGGAUACAGCCGGUCAAGAAAGAUUUCAUACCAUUACUACAUCAUAUUACAGAGGUGCAAUGGGUAUUAUGCUUGUUUAUGACAUUACUAAUGAAAAGACAUUUGAAAAUAUUGUUAAAUGGCUGAGAAAUAUAGAUGAACAUGCGAAUGAAGAUGUGGAGAAGAUGAUACUGGGGAACAAAAGCGAUAUGGAAGACAAACGUGUUGUUAGCACAGGAAGAGGGGAAGCGAUAGCGCGAGAGCAUGGAAUCAGAUUUAUGGAAACAUCUGCAAAAGCAGAUAUUAAUAUCGACCGUGCAUUUAAUGAAUUAACCGAAGCAAUAUUGGAGAAAACACAUGGAAAGGAACCACAAGAUGCUCCUGAUAGAGUAACGGUUGAUCGAAGGGUGGAAAGGAAUUCUAAUCGGUGCUGCUAAUCUUAUAUUAUUUAUUUUAACAGCGCAUAAUAUACUAUAUAUCAGCUCGUGCCACUCAAAAUAGAUCUGUGGAUAGAUUUAGAGCAUAAUUUAAAAAAGCAUAAUAGUAUAAUUAAACUCUUCACAACACUGCCUAAUCAAAUUCGAUUGUACUUAUUUAAUGAGAUUUCUGAUAAAGAUAUAUCUAAAUUUAUUUCAAAAAAUAUAAAAGGAAGUAACUCCAAUUUGGAAGUGAAGUUUUUUAAUUAUACCUGGAUUUCAAAGGGUGGGUUAUAAAUGCUAUUUGUCACAUAUAUGACUGUAUACUUAUAAAUGUACUUAUAAAUGUGUCUAUUGCAUGUAUACAAGCAUUAAGCUCCAUCACAGCUUUUAUAAAAAACACAAAAAAUCAAUAAUAUAUACUGCUGAUGGAGCUUUGUUUUCCACGUGAAACUUCAUGCGUUGUUGCACGAACAAAGUCAACUAGGAACAAUUUGUUUGUUACGAGGCUGCAAUUUGUUACCAUAAUGAGAAGAGUGAGAAUGAAUGAGGGCUUUCGAUCUUAAAAAAAUCUAUGUGAAUGCUUUUUCAUACGGACAUUGCACUACAUUGCUUAUUUACAUCUUAAGUUAAAAUCUAAAAGCUUAAGUCCAAGAGCUUUUAUCCUACUUGUGUAAGACUAAUUUACUACAAAUAUAAAUAUUCACGAUUUCGAA